AUGAAUUUUUGUUCAUUUAUUUUUUUAUUUAUUUUUAUGUUAAGUGUGUUACUUGCAGCAAAAGAGAAUAUUCGUAAAAAAGAUUUAUUUAAACAAGAUAAUAAAAACAGUUCCAGUAAUUUUCAUAAAAAUAUUCCAAAUGUAAAAUGUUUUACAAAAGUAUCCGUAUAUCAUGAAUUAUCAACAAAUGAUAACUCAUAUGAGAAUUUUGUAAAAUAUAAUAAAGAAGGAAAACCAAAAAUUUUGUAUAAAGAGAAAAUUGAUGAAAAAUAUUCAAAAAAUGUAUUAAAUAAUAAGAAUAAUGAAGAUAUAUUCGAAUCGGUUAAAAGGGUUGAAUGUUGUGAUUAUAAGAAUAAGAUGAUUAAAGUAUCUAAUGCAAUAAACACAUCAUAUACUAUAUUGAAAAAAACUAGUAGGACAACUAGAUUUAAGAAUAAAUUAUAUAAAAUGAUUUUUAAAAGAAAUAAAUUUUGGAGAGUCAUUUCAGGAAUAAUUACAAUUUUGGGAGACAGUGCUAUAAUUUGUCAAAUUAUUAUGCUUAUAGGAUAUAUUUUGAAAUGCGUUUUAGAUAUUGGAACGUGUUGUGAAAUAAUUUAUUGUAAUUUAAUUAUGGCAUCUUCAAGUGUCUUUGGAGUUAUCACGUUAUUAAUAAUAUUAUUAAUUACUAUAGUUUGGUUAGUCGUUACAUGGUUAUGGUCGCAUAAAGACGUGUAUUAUGAAACACAUGAAAAAUAA